UCAACAAUUUUGACACUUUGCUUGUGCUUGGGAUUUGCGGUCGAAUUUGCUCCAAAACGUGCGUGAAAAAGGUCCCCGUAAACCCAGCUUUGAAUAAAUAAAAACACAUUGCAUAUAAACUGUUACCAGACACAGGCAAACGGAGAAUGGAUACAAGCGAUUGAAACGACUAUCGAAACAGUGUUCCGCACGAGUGGUACCGUGUGUGUGUGUCUCGUGCUCUAAACCCGUGGACCCCGGAAAAGCCGAACAGGGAAAGGGAAGGGGUCCUGCCCUGCCGCAAAGAAAAUGGGCGCGAACUUUCUAAUCAUGCUGGGCACGAUCGUGGUGCCCUUGGUUGUGAUCUGCUUCGUGUCGAUCGUUACGUUCGUUAAUCUGUACUUAAACGUCAGGAGACGCUUCCCGGCAAAGGUAAACUGUUGGUUCUGCAAUCACGAUACGCACGUGCCGUACGAGCAAUCCAACUCGUUCGUCUGCCCGGCGUGCAAGCAGUACAAUGGGUUUAGCGCUGACGGUGACUACAACCGGGAGAUCCCGGAACAGUACCAGCAGCGGCUGAACAACUACCACUAUCACCAUCCCGCAAACGUCACCGACGAUGAUAAAUGGGAUAGUUCCACCGUCCGGUCAGUUGCCGGCAGUGGACGCCCCCAGCCCACCAGCAACGGACUGUGCUUCGGGUGCAAUCGCAACCAGGAGCUGAAAAUACAUCAACUCGCAUCGUUCGUGCCGGAAAAUGAGGAUAACUAUGAUGCUGAGGUGGAAGAAUAUCGCAAACAGCUGGAACAGGCAUACAAACUGUGCGGCAGAUGCGAACGCGUGUUGAAGCGUACGCUGAACGAUGUGAAGCGCAACAUACUCGGCUCGAAGCUGGCCCAGAUCGGUAGCAAAAGUUUGACCGCGCUCGACAUGCACAUUCGGGCGUCGGGGAAGCAGCUGGCCCACCAGAAGCGGCAACGCUGGGCGAAGGUGUGCGUCUGGGCCAUCACGGGACUGCUGGCGGUGAAGCUGCAGCACCACUUUGCCGACUCGGGCUGGACCGUUGCCGAGCUGAUGCUGCACUGUCCGGCUGCAAUACUUUCCGCCUUUAACAUGGCCCUAUCGUACGGUAUGGCAAUACGCGAGCUGUUCUGGAACCUGGCUGACCGAGUGCUAGCCGAGCCGAGCGUGCAGCAAACGACGGAGCGUUUCGAAACGAUUGGGUAUGAAAUAUUUCUCCAGUACGUGCCCAAAUCGGUGGUACAAACGUCCGCCCACUACCUGGAAUCGCUAUCGACACAGGUGCCACAGGAGCGCAGCUCUCCUGCACUGCUGAACGCUGCGAUAGUAGCGCUGGCCGCACUGCUAGCCUCGCUGGGCAGUCAGCGAACGAUCGUCAAACAGCUGCUGAUCGUAGUGCUCUGUGCCGUCGAUUGUGCAGUAGUGUUUGCGGAGGCGAAAAAUGCACCGACAAUAGCCUUUCUGCUAACUUCUGGAGCCCUCUUAGUAUCGCUCAGCUGCCUAGGACAGCGUUUAAUACGCAGCGAUGUGCCGGCCGGCAAUCUCAAUUCUAGCUUCCACAAAAUCUACUCCCAGCAGUGCAAGGAAAGCGACUACUCCGACGCAGAAACAAGCGCCGCCGGUGAGCGGGACACCUCAUUCACCGGACCGGGUCAAGGUCAUGGCUCGUUCGGUAGCAAAAGCCCCCCUUUGCUUCACCGCACCAUAGCGGGCGGUGGUGAUAUGAGCGGCAAAUCGCUCGAUACAACAAAAUCCGGUAGCCCUUCGGGUAUGUCGUUCUCGACCACCAAUCCGUUCCUGAUGGCGGACGGAUCGCCUCCGCUAGGCUGUGGCAGCAAAAUUAGUGGCUCUCUGUUCAACGUUGCUGCCUGCACGGACCAUCGCAGCAGCAGCAUUGGACCAGCCGAUAAGGAGUCGGUGUUUAGCGGCAGAACCAUCGUCCCGUCGUCUAACCAUCACCCCUCAUCAGCCCAUUCGCUGCUGAAAACACCAUCCUUUUCGGUGGACAACUUUCAAACGGUAUCACACGGCUUAACGCACCGGCGAAAUCACUCCCGCUUCUCGGGACCGGCCAACAACCAGUUCCACUACUCGAUGAGCACAAUUAACCAGCAGGAAGAGGAGGACCACCCCAGUCAACUCAUCCCGGACGAUAUCGAUCGGCUAUCGAUCAGCGGGCGUGUGUCGUUAAAUUCGGCAUCAGUGCUGGGCAGCCGUGUAUCGCUCAGUGGCACCACUAACCCUUUUGCGAAGAAGUCACUGCACGAGCCGGAAUACGAUGAGCGCGUGAUGCUGCCAUCAGCUGGAUCGCUGCAUCAUCGGGCACGCGUGUUCCGUGCGCCCGAACCAUUUAAAGGCUACGCCAAAGACACACUAUGGACGGGUGGUAACGGCGGGGGUGGUAUCGGUGGCCCCUUCGGUGGUCAGCUGACCCAUAUGUCGCGCACCUCAUCCCAGAGCUCUGGGUUCGAAUCGCAGGCCGGCACUACGCGCCGUAACACUCCGACCGAGGUGGACAGUGCGGCGAACGUCGAAAUGCCAUCCGAUGAGCUGCUGUCGCAGCAUAUCGCUUCCCAGCCCCGCAGCGAACAACCCUCACCAGUCCCAUCGUCGGCGUCCGUCUUCGAGUGGAACAACAUCACCGGAGGAGCGUCCAUAUUUGGCAGCAAGGCGACAUCAUCCUCCCAGCACCAGCGCUCACUGUUUAGCGAGCAAAACCUCUUCAACAGUGCGCUGCAACAACCGACCGCAGCAAUCGACGGUAGAAUGGGGCCCGCGCAAGGAGGUGCUGCUGCUGCUGCUGGUGGUUUCACGACGAUGGAAGGAUCGGGACUCUUUUUCCCCAAACUUGCCCGCACCUCCACCAUCGGCAAUGGGUCUAUAGCGACCGGCUCCGCCAUUACGGCGCACAUGGCCGCUCGACACAUUUUCCCGCCCCAACAGUCCAAAACGCCAUCCUACCAUCAUCAGUUUAGCCAUAACACUACUACUACUACUGCUGCUGCAGGGGUGUGCACACCCUUCGCUAAUACUGCCAGCUUCGCGAGCAAAGCGCUACCCUCCUCACCGGCCUCGCUUGCCGGCAGCAGCCACUAUACCUCAACCAAGUCAACUGCCACCGGCAGAGCAAGCCUGCUGAACAUUAGCAAAUUUACGCAUGAACUCAGCCACAACGGAACCCUGCCCACUGCCUAAGAGAGGAGAAGAAAAGGAAAGACAAGUUUAGGUUAAGUAGAUAGGUAAAAAUAUCAGUGCUGCCAGCAGAGAGAAAUUCUUCUGCGCACCGAGGUGUGAUUGUAAAGUUAUACGUGUUUCGCUUUUUUUUGGUAUUGCAAUUUUUUUUACAUUGAAAUAAAAAUAACUGCUGUGAACAUAAA